CUAGACAAUAGGUGACGCACUAGAGCGGCACUCAGCACUAGCAAACUAACGACAGCAAUGGGUCAAAACCAGAGUGGAGGACAUGGCCCCGGAGGAGGGAAAAAAGAUGAUAAGGAUAAGAAAAAGAAGUAUGAGCCACCGAUUCCCACAAGAGUUGGAAAGAAGAGGAGGAAGACCAAAGGGCCAGAUGCCGCUAGCAAGCUACCGCUGGUUACACCCCACACUCAGUGCCGACUGAAGCUGCUGAAACAGGAGCGCAUUAAAGACUACCUGCUGAUGGAAGAGGAGUUUAUCAGGAACCAGGAGCAGAUGAAACCACUGGAGGAGAAACAGGAGGAAGAGAGGUCCAAAGUUGAUGACCUGAGAGGGACACCCAUGUCAGUAGGAACUCUUGAAGAGAUAAUUGAUGACAACCACGCCAUCGUGUCUACGUCAGUGGGCUCAGAGCAUUACGUCAGCAUUCUUUCCUUUGUGGAUAAAGACCUUCUUGAACCAGGCUGUUCAGUUUUACUAAACCACAAGGUGCAUGCAGUAAUUGGUGUGCUGAUGGAUGACACGGAUCCACUAGUGACUGUGAUGAAGGUGGAAAAAGCUCCUCAGGAGACCUAUGCGGACAUCGGAGGCCUGGACAACCAGAUUCAGGAGAUAAAGGAGUCUGUAGAGCUGCCUCUCACACACCCAGAGUAUUAUGAAGAGAUGGGGAUAAAACCUCCCAAGGGAGUAAUUCUGUAUGGCCCCCCAGGGACAGGGAAGACCCUGCUGGCUAAGGCUGUGGCCAAUCAGACGUCUGCCACUUUCCUGCGAGUGGUGGGCUCGGAGCUGAUUCAGAAGUACCUGGGAGACGGACCUAAACUGGUCCGAGAGCUCUUCAGAGUAGCAGAGGACCAUGCUCCCUCCAUAGUCUUCAUAGAUGAGAUCGAUGCUAUAGGAACAAAGAGGUAUGACUCGAAUUCAGGUGGAGAGAGGGAGAUCCAGAGGACAAUGCUGGAGCUCCUUAACCAGCUGGAUGGAUUUGACUCCCGUGGAGACGUGAAGGUCAUCAUGGCCACCAACCGGAUAGAGACCCUUGACCCCGCACUCAUUCGCCCAGGUAGAAUUGAUCGAAAGAUUGAGUUCCCACUGCCUGAUGAGAAGACCAAGCGCAGGAUAUUCCAGAUCCACACCAGCAGGAUGACUUUGUCAGAUGAUGUAACCCUGGAUGACCUUAUAAUGGCUAAAGAUGAUCUCUCAGGCGCUGACAUAAAGGCCAUUUGCACAGAGGCAGGGCUUAUGGCUUUGAGGGAGAGGAGGAUGAAGGUGACUAAUGAGGACUUCAAGAAGUCUAAAGAGAACGUGCUCUACAAGAAACAGGAAGGUACCCCAGAAGGCCUCUAUCUCUAACACAGGGAUGCCAUACUUAAAACAUUGUCUCUUUUUACAUUACACUUAAUCCCGUUUCAGCUACCUGUUGUUUAUUCCAUCAUCAUGGAAAUAAAAGUAUUACAUUUUUAA